UGGCAUAGUUGAUAAGUUAUCCAUCAUUUCUGAGAGAACCAUAACCAAAAUUUGCAUUGCAAGGAAAACGCCAUGGGAGGAGUAUCAAGAACUCUCCUCACUUUCUCUCUCUACUCAAACCUUUUCGCCUUGUCACGUCUCCCCGCCUCCAAACGCUUCUCUCUCAUCAACCCCACCAGGGUUUUAACAAGGGUUAGGCCUCUUUGCACCGCCACAGCCACAACCACCACCGCCAGCCCCGCCGGUACGGUUGAUUUCGAAGACGAAGAGAACCAACCCUUGAAGCACUCCUUGCUUCUCGAGAGGCUGCGUCUGAGGCACCUCAAGAGCAAUGCCAACCCACAAGCCAAAACCGCCGGCGGAAAUUCAAUUGGGGAUGCCCAGAGGCAGAGCGAUGACGGGUUGGGGAGGUCGGAGAACAGGAAGAAGAGGGAGGUUGGGAGUUUUGGGGAGUUGGGUGUGAGCGAGGAGGUAAUUGCGGCGGUGAGAGAGAUGGGAAUUGAGGUUCCCACUGAAAUUCAGAGCAUUGGGAUUCCGGCGGUGUUGGAAGGGAAGACUGUGGUCUUGGGUUCUCACACUGGCUCUGGCAAGACUCUGGCUUACAUGUUGCCUCUUGCCCAGCUGUUGAGAAAGGAUGAGGCUGAAAGUGGUAUUCAAAUGAAGCCCAGGCGUCCUAGAGCUGUUGUGCUAUGCCCCACAAGGGAGCUGUCUGAGCAGGUUUUUCGUGUUUCCAAGUUUGUCAGCCACCAUGCAAGAUUCAGGUCUACUAUGGUAAGCGGCGGUGGUCGGUUGAGACCCCAGGAGGAUUCAUUGAAUAACCCAAUUGAAAUGGUAGUUGGUACCCCUGGCAGGGUUCUCCAACAUAUUGAGGAUGGCAACUUGGUUUACGGUGACAUAAAAUAUGUGGUAUUGGAUGAGGCAGAUACCAUGUUUGAUCGUGGCUUUGGUCCAGACAUUCGCAAGUUUCUUGUCCCAUUAAAACAUCGUGCAUCGAAACCCGGAGGGCAAGGGUUCCAAACUGUUUUGGUCACAGCAACAAUGACAAAGGCAGUGCAAAACCUGAUUGAUGAGGAGUUCCAAGGAAUAUUACACUUGCGCACAUCCUCACUGCAUAAAAAGAUUGCAUCCGCACGUCAUGAUUUUGUUAAGAUUUCAGGUGCUGAGAACAAGCUGGAAUCACUUCUACAGGUUCUGGAGCCAAGUUUAGCAAAGGGAAAUAGAGUAAUGGUGUUCUGUAACACAUUAAGUUCCAGCCGUGCUGUGGAUCACUUUCUCAAUGAAAAUCAGAUCUCUACUGUCAAUUAUCAUGGUGAGGUGCCAGCAGAACAAAGGGUUGAAAACCUCAAAAAGUUUAAGAGCAACGAUGGAGAUUGCCCUACAUUGGUCUGCACAGACCUGGCUGCAAGGGGACUGGACUUGGAUGUAGACCAUGUUAUAAUGUUUGAUUUUCCUUUGAACUCUAUUGACUACCUUCAUCGUACAGGAAGAACUGCUCGUAUGGGUGCAAAAGGGAAAGUGACGAGUUUGGUUGCUAAGAAGAACCUCAUGUUAGCGAACCGAAUUGAGGAAGCAAUAAAGAAGAAUGAAAGCUUAGAAUCUCUCAGUGUAGAUAGCGUCAAGAGGGACAUUGCCCGUUCGCGAAUUACUCCGCAGAAUGGAAAGAAUGUAAAACCGGUGAGAGUCUCAAAUCAGAAAAACAAGAGCAGACCAGCAUUUGCUCCUACAAAAUCUGCAAAACCAUCUUUCCAGUCAUCGAAGUCAGUAGAACCUUCCAGAGCGAGCAGCUUGAAAAGAGCUCCUUCCAGUGCUAGCAACUCAAGAAAAGCUCCUUCCAGUGCAAACAGCUCUAGAAAAGCCUCUUUUAGUGAGAAGAGGCAACCAGAAAGCAGAAGAUUCAGUACAGUUAAAUCAACGCCCUCGAAGUUGAGUGUGGUUGGGUUUAGGGGGCGAGCUUCUUGGUCUAGUAAGAAAGAAUCGUUGGAGUCGAGCUGAUUGUAGACAAAAUUUUAGAUAUAAACUUUCUUGUAAUAUUUAAAUCUUGAAAGUUCUUUGCCAAAAAAAAAUGUUGGCAGUCUUGCCGUGGUUCUCGAUAUCAAGAGCAGGCCAGAAUCCCUGAAAAUCGCCCAUUGUGUUAUAAGUUGUCACGUAAUACAUCGAUAUCACUGGUUUGAAAGACAAGGAAAGAAAAGAAAAAAGGAGUUAUUGAUGACGCCGGAGGUUUUGGAAGCCUUGUUUACUUCCAGGUUAAACGAGGAGUCUUGUCAGGCUUGACGAUGUUGCCCUCAGCGUCGUAGAUUAUGACACCCGAAAAAUCUGGUAGCUGGCACUUUCCACCCAUGAGUAUGUUCUUCUGCCAGACCGAGUCUUCUUCCUGCUCAUCACUACUUGCAUCAUAGUUUCCAGGCUGAACAUGUUGGACAACAGGACCAUCGUCAAAGAAGUCUGUGCAAGCAUUCCACUGGCGGCGCCAUCUACGCGAAUGAGAAGCACACAUGAGCAACGCCACGGCACAAAAUGCGAGGGUCAUCGCUGCCAGACCGGCUUGAAAUGUGGUCGGUAGGGAGAGUGCCGAAAGAAGCUUGCGAGCCAUGUUGAAGUUGAGGAUGGAAUUUGGGUAUGGAGUUGCUAUUGUCUCACAGUUUUAUAUAGGGCAAUAGGAGAAGAGUAGAGUAGUUGAAAUUGGAGGAUCUGUUAGGGUUUAUAUGUUGUGUGGUUUUGGUAAUCUUUUGACCUCCACUGUUCGUUGAUAUUUUGGUGAGUUUAGGUAACAAACUCAUCUACUAAACUUUGUUGUUUUGGUAAUUUUAAUUUAAAGAUUUGGUUACGAUA